AUGAACGAGAACGUUGUCCAUCAGCAGGCCGUGGCCGUCGUGGUGGCGGUGGUCGAGUCCGAGCUGGUCGACGUCGUUGCUACCUCUGUUGAGUUCGUCGAAGCCGCGGUGGUGGCGUCGUUGGUGCUCGAAGCGGCCGUCGAGGUGAUAGCCGACGUCGUAGGUGCCGUGGUUGAAGUCGUCGACGCCGUGGUGCUAGUGGAAGUCGACGUCGUCGACGUCGUGCUGGCGGACGAAUCGCUCGACAGGGAAGAGCACACGCUGGAGAAACCGUUGGCCAACUCAUACACAUUCACCUCCAGACCGCUCGUGGGCACAGUCAGG